AUGACUAAAUUCACUCCAUUUUAUCUUACUUAUAGAUAUAAAGCUACUUUUCCAGAUUUUUUGUUAUUCACUCCAAUAGAAAAAACUAUGAUAAACCAAGUAGAUAUAUUAGUGAAUAAUUUAAUAGUUAAUUGUGCCUUAACUAAAGAAAAUAUUA